AUAAAUAAUUGGCAAGAGGUAGAAAUCGACCCUCUGGCACCAUUAUGCGGUGGAUUUUUAAUCAGAUCAUUUACAAUGGUUUCAUAAUUUCGUCCUAGCCUGAUAUGACUAAUAUCACCUUGCAGAUGUUGAGUCUGUUCCUGUUGGAAAAACAAAGAAAUGUUCAUCUUUAGCUUUGUAAAAUGAAUAGUAGGUGGAAAUUACAAAGUGAGAGUUCCUUUUUUUUGUCAACCUCAAAUGAAAGUGGAAAUUUUUGCUUCCCAAAAUUCGAUAUGAUUUUUCAAGAAUCAGAUAUUUGAACCAACUGUAGUGAUUAUAAAAAAUUCAAUGUGACAAUUUUGAAACUAAUUUCAAUUGAGGGAAUCUUAAUUCAUCAUGUGUGACUUCUGUUCAUGGGUAAACAGGUCUACAGCUAAUGAAAAAGCUGACACAACCGUGGUCAACGAGUUCAAACCACCACCAAAGAAAGACCCUGUCAUUGUCGUUCAUGGCGGAGCCGGUAGUAUUCCAGAAAAAAUCAGAUUGGCAAUGCUAGAAGAUGUAAAAACUGCGGCAACUCAAGCCUACACAAAAUUGAUCAGAGGGUCGCAUGUAUUGGAUGCAGUUGAAGAUGCUAUCUGUUAUUUGGAAAGUAGAAAGUAUUUCAAUUGCGCUUUUGGUGGUUCCUUAGAUUGUAAUGGUGAUGUAGUUAUGGAUGCUGCAAUAAUGGAUAGUAAAAACCAGUUUGGCUCUGUGGGUGCUAUCCGAGAUAUUGAACAUCCAAUAAGCUUGGCAAGAUUGAUUAUGCACAAUACGGAUCAUAUUCUUAUUGUCGAAAAAGGAGCUCAAGAUUUUGCUCUAAAAUCAGGUAUUCCAAUUUUACCAAAAGGCUGGCUAAUACCCGGACCAACGCCAUCACCUUCUGUUUGUUCCGAAACAAAGCCUGGAUCAAUAAGCGAGAAACAACAUGAUUCAAGGGAUGAAAUCCUUGCGGUCAAACGAUUACCACAAUGUAGUCCAUACUAUGGACAGAUAAUCGAGGAAAACUCCAUGGAUGUUAUUGAACCAACUUUUUUGGAGGUUGGAGGAGUAGGUACAGUUGCUUAUGAUCGACGAGGGAGAUUAGCUACCGGUACUUCAACUGCUGGUAAUCCAGGAAAGCUGUAUGGAUAUAUAAGUCCAGCUGCGACGGUACCCGGAUGUGGAAUAAUGGCGGAUCAGACUGGCUGCAUUUCAAUAUCUGGGCCCGAUGAAGCACUUUAUGUUUAUGCUCCAGCACGAGGAUUUUUAAAAAGAUUGAAUAGAGGCGAGAACGUAGAUGAAGCUUUGGACGGGGAAAUUGACCAAUUAAGAGAUGUAAUAAGGCAACCAAAUGUUGGGGCUAUUGCUUUAGAUUUGAAUGGAAAACCUGCUGUUUCGUUCAAAAGUCAGCAUUUUCCAUGGGCAUAUUGUGAACUUGGAUGGCUUUAUUAUGGAUGCCAGAAAAAUCAAAUACUAUCCGAAAAAAUCGACGGUCUUGACAGGCCACUAGAUUGUAUGUGUGAGGGUGUUGUAUGAUGAAUUGAUGCGUUGUCGCAUACUUACUGGAAAGAUAAUACUGUGAUUUUCAUCAUAACUUCCAUACAACAAAAAAGCUGGUGUUGUUCCUUUAUAAGUCUGGCCAAACAGUUGAUCCAUUUCAAGUAAUGUGGAAUAUAUUUCCUCAAACCUCA